AACUCCCAUCUUCUCUCUCUUUAUCUUUAUCUAUCUGCGGUCUCUUGUCGUCCCUGUUUGUGUCAUUAAUUUAUUUUCGCCUUCAAUUAUUUUUGGGUGCUUACUUCGCACUGCGUGUAGUAAAUAAAAUAACCAAAAAAAAAAAAAAAAAAAAACCAUUUCGCAAUUAAACUCAUAAACAAAUUAAAAAAAAAAAAAAUCAUAUUUCAAUUAUAAUUUGGCAGCAAAUUAAUCCCAAAUUGAGCAAUUGAGAUUUGAGCCCCAAAACCCAAGCCCGAAAAAAUUCGACUUCUCUCGCUGACCCCUGCUGUCUUCAUCUUCUUCCUCUUUCUUCGUCUUCGAUUUCGACCCCUUUUUGUGCUUCGUGUCAAUUCGCACGUGUGUAGAUAAAUUUGGGGACGGUGAGAACCGACCUUCUCUCUCUUCGUUGUUCUCUCUCUGCUACUCGCAAUCGCCGAUCGUCGUCGCCGUCUCGCAUACUGGUUGUACUUUUUCAAAGCCCUCUAGCAAUUCGGAGCUCCGAUCGCUGCUGCUCUUCGUUGUACCUUCAGUGUGGAGGGAGUUUAUUAUGGCUAAAGCAUGAGUAGGCCGUGCAGUUCAAAAGUUUUGGUUUUUAAGUUAUGCGUUACUUGGUAGUUAGAGUCAGCGUGGGGAAGGAUAAAGGAGAUGAAUGUGCAGACACACAUGUCAGGACAGAUAUCUGGGCAGGUGCCCAAUCAGGCAGGCACUCAGAUGCCUGUGCUGCCCCAACAUAAUGGAAAUUCCCUUCCUCCCCAAAUGCAAAACUUAGGUGGGCCUGCUCGUGCUAUGUCUAACAUGGAUCCUGAGAUUCCCACAUUACGUUCAAUUAUGCAAGAAAAGAUCUGUCAAAUUAUACAGCAGCGGCAACAUCCCCAGCCAAUGAGUGACACAAAGUUUAGGGAGUUUGUUAAAAAAUUGGAAGAGGGUUUGUUGCGAAAUGCUCAAACAAAGGAUGACUAUAUGAACAUGGAAACGUUGGAGAGUCGUUUGCAAAAUUUGAUGAAACCACCCCAAAACCAGAGCCAACAGUAUCAACAGCUUGUUAAUUCUUCCUCUCCUAUUGGUACAAUGAUACCGACCCCUGGUAUGUCACACAAUGGGAACUCAAAUAUGAUGGUUAGUUCUUCUGUGGAUGCUUCUAUGAACACUACAAGAGGAAGUACUAGCAUUGCACCUACUACAGUCAACACAGGGAACCUGUUGCCUGCUGGCCCCUUACCUGGCGGUUCAUUCAAUAGAUCUGACGGUUCUAUGUCUAAUGGAUAUCAGCAAUCUCCUGCCAGUUUCUCCAUUGGUACUGGAGGAAACAUGUCAUCAAUGGGUGUGCAAAGAAUUACUAGCCAAAUGAUUCCUACUCCUGGGUUUAAUAGCAGUAGUAAUCAGUCUUACAUGAAUUUGGAAUCUUCAAAUAAUGGGGGUGGGUUCUCUACUGUUGAUUCUUCAAUGGUAACACAGCCACAACAGCAAAAGCAGCAUAUUGGUGGUCAAAAUAGCCGUAUACUUCAUAAUGUUGGCAGCCAAAUGGGCAGUGGAAUAAGGUCUGGCAUGCAGCAGAAACCUUAUGGGUUGCCAAAUGGGGCUCUAAAUGGUGGGUUGGGAUUGAUUGGGAACAAUUUACCACUGGUUAAUGAAUCUGGCACUUCUGAGGGCUAUAUGGCAUUAACACCUUAUGCUAACUCUUCCAAACCAUCACAACACUUUGAUCAACAUCAGCGGCCUAUAAUGCAAGGUGAUAGCUAUGGAAUGAGUAAUGCUGAUUCAUUUGGGCCUGGAAACUACUAUGGUGCUGCAACGCCUGUUGGGUCAAUGUUAAAUGCUCAGAAUUUGAAUUCAGUCAGCUCAACAGCUAUAUCCAAGACCAACCCUCCCCUUAUAAGUAAUCAGUCGAAUAUGCACGGUGCACAACAAAGUGUACAUGUGAAGCCUCAACAACUUGAUCAGUUAGAAAAGAUAAAUUUCCAAACUCCUCUAUCUUCAAGAGAGAAUAUCCUCCAUUCUCAUCAACAGCAACAAUUUCAACAUCAACCUAAUCAGUUUCAACAGCAGCAGCAAUUAGUUCACCAGCAACGUCAACAGAAGCAGCAGAAUCCGCAGCGCCAGCAGAUGUUAAACAAUGAUGCUUUUGGUCAGUCUCAAAUGACAUCUGAUCUCAGCAGUGCAAAGCGUGAUAUGGACCACCAUAAUGAAGCUAUGCACCAACAAGCUACAGAACCGUUUCGAUUAUCGGAGAUGCAUAACCAAUUCCAUCAGCACUCUGUUGAAGAUCGUUUGAGGAAUGCUCAGCAUAUCCCAUCCGGUCAACAUGAUAUCUCCUCUUCAUUGUCUCAAACUUCUCAGCAAAUGCAACAAAUAUUGCAGCCCCACCAAUUGGUUGCAGAGUCUCAAAAUGAUUUCAGAUCUCUCUCUGUUGGAGCUCAAUCAGAACCAGUACUGCAAGGUCAAUGGCAUCCUCAAUUGCAAGAUGGGAGUCACAGACAGGCCAACAUGUCCCAUGAGCAGCAUGUCCAUGAAGAUUUCCGUCAGAGGAUAUCUGGGCAAGAUGAAGCUCAGUGUAAUAAUUCAUCUUCAGAAGGACCUAAUGUUGUUCAAAAUAUGGGGUCUAGAAGCAUAUCUCGUCCCCCCAAUUCAUCGAGUGCUGCUUCUAGAUCUGGUUAUGUCAAUCGAGAUAAAUGGUUUCUAAAUCAACAGAGAUGGCUUCUGUUAAUGCUCCAUGCUCGUUGUUGUACAGCCCCUGAAGGGAAAUGUCGAGAAGCUCGUUGUGUAAUUGUUCAAAAAUUGGUGCAGCACAUGAAGUCCUGCGAAUCUUCUCAAUGCACAUAUAGUCGUUGUCGUAUUUCAAAGUUAUUGGUUCUACAUAGCCAGACUUGCAAAAGCAAAAAAGCUUGCCCCGUUUGUGGCCCUGUGUUGAAUUAUCUGAAUAAGGAAAAGAACCGUCGAGUUUCUGAUUCCGGUUUGCAGAACUCAAUAAAUGGAUCCGGUAAAGUCUAUGAUAGUGGGGACACUUCUGCUAGAUUGGUUUUGAAGACGGCUCCGGUUGUUGAAACUUCUGAGGAUCGGCAACCUUCUAUGAAACGCAUGAAAAUAGAGCAGUCCUCUCAAUCUGUUGUUCCUGAUAGUGUUAGUGUUAGUUCUGCAGUAAAAGUUUCUGCCAUUAGCGAACCCCAUGUAUCUGAGGAUAUACAGAUUCACGAUUACCAACAUAGUGAGAUUUCUAUGCCAGUUAAAUCCGAGUUUGCAGAAGUGAAAAUGGAAAUUCCUGUAAGUUCUGGGCAAGGGAGUCUUGAUGAGAUGAAGGAUAGUGUUGAUGAUAACUGCAAUUCAAGGCAUGAUGGUGAAGCUGUUUCAUAUAAUGAGCCUGCUGUUUUAGCGAGACAAGAAAACAUCAAACUUGAGAAAGAAACUGAUCCAGCUAAACAAGAAAAUGUUGCCCAGCCUGUGGAAAAUGCAGCUGCAACCAAGUCUGGGAAGCCUAAAAUAAAGGGGGUGUCAAUGACUGAACUUUUCACUCCGGAGCAAGUAAGGGCGCACAUUACAGGUCUCAGGCAGUGGGUUGGCCAGAGCAAAGCGAAGGCAGAGAAAAAUCAAGCAAUGGAGAAUUCAAUGAGUGAGAACUCCUGUCAGUUGUGUGCAGUUGAGAAGCUUACCUUUGAGCCACCACCAAUAUAUUGCACACCUUGUGGCGCUCGUAUCAAGCGCAACGCGAUGUAUUAUACUAUGGGGGCUGGUGACACACGACAUUAUUUCUGUAUUCCAUGCUAUAACGAGGCUCGUGGAGACACUAUAGUUGUUGAUGGGACUGCGAUUCCAAAGGCAAGGCUGGAGAAGAAGAAAAAUGAUGAGGAGACUGAAGAAUGGUGGGUCCAAUGUGACAAAUGCGAAGCUUGGCAACACCAGAUUUGUGCUUUGUUUAAUGGCCGAAGAAAUGAUGGUGGGCAAGCUGAAUACACUUGCCCUAAUUGCUAUAUACAAGAGGUUGAGAGGGGAGAGCGUAAGCCUUUACCACAGAGUGCUGUUCUGGGGGCCAAAGAUUUACCGAGGACAAUACUGAGUGACCAUAUAGAGCAACGGUUAUUUAAGAAACUGAAGGUGGAAAGACAAGAGAGGGCGAGGCAGCAAGGAAAAAGUUAUGAUGAGGUUCCUGGGGCAGAAUCACUUGUAAUUAGAGUUGUUUCAUCAGUUGACAAAAAAUUGGAAGUGAAGCAGCGGUUUCUUGAAAUUUUUCAGGAAGAAAAUUAUCCUACAGAGUUCCCAUAUAAAUCUAAGGUUGUAUUAUUGUUUCAGAAAAUUGAAGGUGUAGAAGUAUGCCUAUUUGGCAUGUAUGUUCAAGAAUUUGGAGCUGAAUGUCAAUUUCCAAAUCAGCGCCGUGUAUAUCUAUCGUAUUUGGAUUCUGUUAAGUAUUUCAGGCCCGAAGUUAAAGCGGUGACGGGAGAAGCUCUCCGCACAUUUGUUUACCAUGAAAUUCUUAUUGGAUACCUUGAAUAUUGCAAGAAACGAGGGUUUACAAGCUGCUACAUAUGGGCUUGUCCUCCUUUGAAGGGUGAAGAUUAUAUUUUAUAUUGUCAUCCGGAAAUUCAGAAAACACCAAAAUCAGAUAAGCUUCGUGAAUGGUAUUUGGCAAUGCUCAGGAAAGCUGCCAAGGAAAGCAUUGUUGUUGAACUCACUAAUCUAUAUGAUCAUUUCUUUGUUACUACUGCUGAAUGCAAGGCUAAAGUCACUGCAGCUAGGCUGCCUUAUUUUGAUGGUGACUACUGGCCUGGUGCAGCUGAGGAUCUGAUUUAUCAGAUGCGUCAAGAAGAGGAUGGGAGAAAACAGAAUAAGAAAGGAACAACCAAAAAGACUAUAACAAAAAGGGCUUUAAAAGCGUCUGGUCAGACUGAUCUUUCUGGUAACGCGUCAAAGGAUCUGCUACUAAUGCACAAACUUGGUGAAACCAUUUGCCCGAUGAAGGAAGAUUUCAUCAUGGUUCAUUUGCAGUAUGCGUGCUCUCACUGUUGUAUACUAAUGGUAUCAGGAAACCGUUGGUCCUGCACCCAAUGCAAAAAUUUUCAGCUUUGUGAUAAGUGUUAUGAAGCAGAGCAAAAGCGGGAAGAAAGAGACAGGCACCCUUCCAAUCAGAGGGAAAAACAUGAAUUGCGUCCUUUUGACAUUACUGAUGUACCUGCUGACACAAAGGACAAAGACGAGAUUCUUGAGAGUGAAUUCUUUGACACCAGACAGGCAUUUCUCAGUCUUUGUCAAGGGAAUCAUUAUCAGUAUGAUACUCUACGGCGGGCUAAACAUUCCUCUAUGAUGGUCCUUUACCAUCUUCAUAACCCAACUGCUCCUGCAUUUGUGACAACAUGCAAUAUAUGUCAUCUCGACAUUGAAACAGGUCAAGGUUGGCGUUGUGAAGUUUGCCCUGAAUAUGAUGUAUGCAACAAUUGUUAUCAGAAGGAAGGAGGUGUAGAUCAUCAUCAUAAAUUGACAAAUCAUCCAUCCAUAGCUGAUCGUGAUGCACAAAACAAAGAAGCUAGGCAAAUGCGAGUUUUACAGCUUAGGAAAAUGCUUGAUCUUCUGGUGCACGCAUCACAAUGUCGUUCAGCACAAUGUCAGUACCCCAAUUGUCGUAAGGUGAAGGGGCUUUUCCGCCAUGGAAUUCAAUGCAAAGUCCGGGCAUCUGGAGGAUGUGUUCUCUGUAAGAAAAUGUGGUAUCUCCUUCAACUUCAUGCUCGAGCUUGCAAAGAAUCCGAGUGCCAUGUGCCACGCUGCAGAGAUUUAAAGGAACAUUUGAGGAGGCUGCAGCAGCAGUCUGAUUCACGAAGAAGAGCUGCUGUUAUGGAGAUGAUGAGACAGAGAGCUGCCGAGCUACACAACAAUACUGGGUGACCAAAUUGUAAAUAUAGAAAUGGAUGUUUUGGAGAAAGAGAACCUUAGGACAGGGCAAUGGUUUUCUUGUGCUCCGCAAACACACUACCGGGAACCAGGCGGUGGCAGAAAAAGUGGGGUGCUUAUAUGGUUAGAAGGCGAUAAGCAUUACAGUACGGUAUAUGGUUUAAAUUCACUUUUUAGGGAACAAUUUUUUUGUUUCUUAUCUCCAUGACUGAACUCUCCCUAAGAGGAAGACAGGUGAAGUUCAUCAACCAGAGCUUGCCCUCUUCAACAGCUGCUAACCAUGCCUCCAAUGUGAGCGUGCAGAUGUGUGGCCCGAUUGGUGAUUCUUUGAUUUUAUCCUCUUUGUAAUCUGUCAAAUGCCAUUUGUUAACUGGCAAAUGUACUAUAAUUGUUCUGAUCUAUCUUAAAUGGUUUCUUACAAAGAAAUGCGGGAGGGAAGUUAGUUUCAGAUCCUUGUUUUUGUCCCUUUUCUCCCUUUUAGUAUAUUAUUGACCCUUUUUGUAGAUUGUGUUCUUGUUAAUGGAAGAAAUAAGUAGCUUCUUCAAUACUGUUUCAGUUCA